AUGUCUCUACGGAUCGUCGUGUGCGGCGACGACACCGUCGGCAAGUCCAGUCUCAUCGCAGCGUUCACAAAAGAGGAGUUUGUCUCCAGUGUCCCGGGAAUCAUCCCCCCAAUCGUCAUUUCGAAGGAAGACUUCGAAACACAAAGAGACGCCUCUGACGAGGGUGAUCUCAACCUCCUGUCCCUCUCGGACCAUUUGCCGGACAAAACCGUAAUUGUAGAUACACGUGCCACAGACCAGGCCGCCCUCAGUCGGGAAUUGAAGCAGGCCGAUGUGAUCUUGUUGGUCUAUCUGGAUCACUACACAUACGAACGAGUGUCGCUUCAUUGGAUGCCGAUGUUUCGUGCCAUGGGUGUCAAUGUGCCCAUCAUCGUGUGUGAGAAUAAGUGCGAUGCUGUAGAGAAAUCGUCGUCGUCGUUUAAACACAUCCGGUCCGAUGAGUUCAUGCCUUUGAUCUCGGACUAUAAGGAAAUAGAGGCGUGUUUGCGUUGUAGUGCCAAAACAAACAGGAAUGUUGUCGAGGCGUUUUAUUUGUGUCAGCGGGCGUUUACCCAUCCUAUCUCGCCGAUUUUCGAUUCCAAAGAGGGGAGUUUGAAAGCCGCCGCGGUCGAGGCCUUGAAACGUAUUUUUUUCCUCUGUGAUGGCGAUCAAGAUGGACUUCUCAACUUCAAAGAAUUCUCAGAUCUACAUAUGAAAUGCUUCUCUCGGCCUGCCUCGCAGGAGCAGUUCGACGACAUCCUCCAGACAGUGGACGCCAUCAUUCUUCCAGAAGACUCGACAGCCAGUUCCACCCGAGGCAUUUCUGAAAACGCGUUUAUCAUUUUGAAUAAAAUAUAUGCUGAAAAGGGUCGCCAUGAGACUAUUUGGGGUAUCUUCCGGGCCUUUCACUACACUAACUCGCUCUCUUUGAAUGACAAGUUUCUCUAUCCAAAGAUAGAAAUCAACCAGAAAUCAAGUGUUGAGCUCAGUCCAACAGGCUAUAGAUUCUUUGUUGAUCUAUUCAUCAAGUUUGACAAGGACAACGACGGAGGCCUAAGUGAGGUUGAGUUGAAUAAUUUGUUCGUCCCGACUCCUGGCAUCCCGAAGUUGUGGACCGAAACACAAUUUCCUUCCUCGAUCGUCUGCACUGAAAAAGGCUAUGUGUCUCUUCAGGGUUGGUUAGCACAAUGGAACUUGACAACGUUCUUAGAUCAUAAGACCACUCUUGAAUACUUGGCCUAUUUGGGAUUUGAUGAGGGAAAUUCCACCAAGGCCAUUAAAGUGACCAAGCCUAGGAAACUCCGGCAGAAGCAAGGGAAGCAGUACCGUGGUCCAGUGACUGAUCGCAAUGUCUUUAACUGUUAUAUUAUCGGAGCUCCAAAAUCUGGAAAAACAUCUCUUCUCGAAUCUUUCAUUCACGGAACUUUCAGCGACAUCUAUCUGCCAACGAUCAAGCCAAAGGUAUGUGUCAAGGACAUAGAACUUCGUGGUGGAAAGCAAUGUUACUUGAUCUUAGAGGAACUCGGGGAACUCGAGCCCGCCAUAUUAGAGAACCAGAAGCGCCUUGAUCAAUGCGAUGUGAUUUGCUACACCUACGACUCAUCGGAUCCUGACCUGUUUCAAUACUUGGUGGAUUUAAGAGAGAAGUAUCACAAGCUCUUGGACGAUGUGCCAUCCGUCUUCGCCGCGCUUAAAGCAGACUUAGACAAGCAGCAGCAGAGAAGUGAUGUUCAACCCGAAAACUACACACGAGAUCUAUUUCUCAGUUCACCAUCGCAUAUUUCGAGCUCCUGGACUACGUCUAUUCAUGAGCUUUUCAUUCAACUAGUGGACGCUGCGCAGGUCCCCAGCACAGCCACCCCAGGCCUCGAAACACAUCCAGACACAAAAGACUUUGAAAAUGUCAAGCCCGUGGUAAUUGCCGGAGGCGCGAUAGCGGUGAUGGCCAUUUUUUCUGUGUGGAUUUUCCGUAGCGCACAGCGGCAAUCUUCAUCCAUGUGA